CUAUAGAAGGCUUCGCUGGGGAAAGGGGCGGGGUAAGCUCGGUACCUUCCCCCACCCCCUCGUGACCGGCGGUGCGCGCGAGCCGCUCGGGUGCUCUGCUCAGAAAAGCCCCUCUGAGCAUCUAUCAACAUCAGCACAAACAUGAGGCAUAAUCGAAGCAUCUCCCGUGUCUCUCCUGUGGUCACCACUGGGGUGAAGCCAGGGAACACGAGACCGUAUCACGCCGCCACCAAGGGCAUCGGAGCGCGUAGCAGAACACGAAUCCCUGAGAGAGGGCACUCUGUAGUGGUGCCAAAAAGCAUGCAGCGACCUCCGUUCCAUCUCCACCAAGAAGAACAGGAGGCUUUCUUCAACCUUCUGGAGGAUGACUUGGUACAAGAGUUCUUGUCAAUGGACAUAUGCUACAAGAUUUCAGAUAAGUAUCUUCUAGCCAUGGCACUGACAUACUUCAAGCGUGCUGGCCUGUGCACUACUGAAUACACCCGGAUGAACCUUUUCACAGCUCUGUACCUAGCUAAUGACAUGGAGGAAGACGAAGAGGAUUACAAGUAUGAGAUCUUUCCCUGGGCUCUGGGUGACAACUGGAGGCAGCUGUUCCCACAGUUCCUGAAACUGAGGGACAACUUCUGGGCGAAGAUGAACUACAGAGCCGUGGUCAGUCGGCGCUGCUGCGAUGAGAUAAUGUCCAAAGAGCCUUCCCACUGGGCCUGGUUGCGUGAACGACCCUUCCACCAUAGCGGGGCAAUGAGGAGUUACCUGAGGAACGAAAAGGACUUGUUUCCCCGGGGACCAGGUGUCACCCCUCCAAGCUGCCCCCUCUGCACUUGUGAGCUGAAUGAAGAGCAAAGCAGCCCCAAAAGCACACCACCUGCUGCCGCCGUGACCCUGUCAGAGAGCAGCCUGCUCCCCUUUGCUAGCGAGUGGUCUCAGGACUUGAUCCUCUCUCAGAAAGUGGUGCUGGAUCCUUAUAGCCUGCGGAUCCUGCAGGAGCCGGACGUCAUCGUGGAACCUGACGGCAGCAUCAUGGAUUGGCGAGCGGUGGGGUGACUGCUUCCUCCAGACCCACCCUCCUCUUCCUCCUGAGGAACCGCACGUGGCAUUGAACUUUGUUUUUCCGUUCUGCUGUUCAUGGAGCCAACUCCUUUCCCAAAGCACUUUAUAGACUCGUUCUGGCUGUGAACAGAAAGAAAAGAAAAAGAAAAAAAAAUGGGUGAUACUUAAGUAUUUAAAAAAAAAAAAAAGAAUUGUUGAUGCAGCUGUUGAAACGUGCCUUAUGUGUGAUUGUGUAAUUGUCAAUGUAAUCGCUGGACAGGCUCAUAAUAAAGGUGUCCAGGGAAGAAAUAA